AUGAAUGUCGCAAAACUAUUCUCUCGAAAAGUAAGGGCUCCUAGUAAAACGCAGCCUCCGAUCCUCCGAGACGGCCUUGGAAAUCCUGUAUCAGACGCCAAGUUGACCGCCCACAAUUUCAUCUCACUCUUUUACGAAGCGUUUAUUAAAAAUUCGACCGUUCCGCUUCCCACCAUCCAGGCUUGGACUGACGCCGUUCUCGAAACCGUAAGUUUCAAUCUGUGAGACGUUACUAUAACGAUUCGGUGUUUUCAUUAAUCUCAUAGCCCUGGACCUGAUGAUGUCACAGUUAGCAUUUUGAAAACGGACGCAAACAAGGUUUUUUCGUCCCGCCUGUACGAAGUACCUAAUCUCGCUCGCUAAAAUGAAGCCUACCCCAUCCUGCGGAAGGACACGCACAUUUUGCCUAUCCCCAAAAACGGCUAGAAUACGACAUUUAAUGAUUUUCGGCCAAUAAACACCAUCUAAGCUGUUUCGAAAAUCGUAGAGACAUUGAUAAAAGAAAAGGAGAUGUGACGUUUACCAGAGAAUAACCCACUGAGAGCUGCUCAGUACCGAUUCUUCAAAUGUCGGUCUUGUGAAGACUGUCAACUGUCUAUAUCGUGUUCCUAGUCUUUUAUCUUUUCACCUUAGAAUCACGAAGCUGUUUAAAAUAGCCUCAAGGAUGCGCCAAGAGCACGCUAAGCAGAGAGAAUCACUCGCUCUCAGUGACCCGAACCCUGCCAAAUCCGUCGCUAAAAUCUUCCGUCAUCGGUCCUCCUCUAAGCCUGGUCACGAAAUCCCAUCCAUUGCUAAACGAUAACGAUGACAUUGACAAGGCCGAACUGUCUAGUGCUUUCUUUGCAAAAAAUCUUACUGCUCGGUCCAAACCAGUCCCUUUCUUUUGUUCUCUUUCAGAUAGGACACUGAGUAAAAUCAACGCCUCCUCAGAUAUCAUUAAGAAACAUAUAAGUUGUUUGAAAAAAUCACACUGCUCGAGAACAGACGGGAUUACACAUUCGAUUAUUAAACAGGCAUCCGACCUUCCCAUAUUGCUUAGUCAUUUAUUUUCUGUUUAAAUUUCAAAAGGGUUUUUUCCUGAAACAUGGAAGACGUCAAUUAUCAUUCCUGUCUUCAAGUCUGGAUUUCGGUCCGAUGUUAAUAAAUAUCGGACGUCACAAAACACUGUCUCUAGCAAAGAAUCUUGAAAGGAUAAUUUUCAAUGAAAUUCUUCACUUCUGUCUAGCUAAUCGGCUUCUGAGCCCUAAUCAGCAUGGACUUUUACCCGAACGUUCCUGCGAAACUUGCCACUUGGCAUUUCUUAAUCUAAUCACUUGUCUUCGUAAUGAGCAGCAGCCAGUGGUAGUUAUCUUCUUUGAUCUUAACAAAGCCUUCGACAAGGUGUCUCAUAGACGUCUUUUGGUAAAAUUGGAAGCUCUCGGCACCCGGCCGCCCCUACUCGACUUCAUUAGGUCAUAUCUGUUCAACGGAUAUCAGAAAGUCAUGGUCGGUAAUAGCUACUCGACACCUCACUCGAUCACGAGCGGGGUGAUUCUAGGCACGGUUCUGCGUCCGCUAAUCGUCCUUCUUUACAUCAAUGAUAUUUCGACUGAACUCGGAAAUUCGCAAAAUUUUGUUAAUGUCGAUGACCUCAAGUGUGUUUGCUCAUAUUUUAAGGGCACCGAAAAUGUUUGUGUUGAAAAAAUUAGUGUAGAUUUACUACAAAUAAGGGGAUGAAGUCCAACGUGGCAGAGGGAGUUUUCAUCGUCUAGGCGUAGUUACAUGUAUUUUGGUCCUACCAAAACUCCGGGUCCCAAAAUUUUUCAGAAUAACCCACUCUCAGAAUGCUUCAACAUAAAGGACCUAGGUCUAAGUUAUACAAAUGAACUUGCUUUAUCAUCUCAUUCAGAUAUAAGCUCUGCCAAAACCGCACAGAUAUGUGGGUUCAUAUCGCAUAAUUUUUUCCUCCCGGAAAUGAAGCAAAGACUGUAUCACAUGUUUGUUCUUCCUGCCUUCGAAUACUGCUGCCCAUCCUUUGGUUUAAUGAACGCCUGUGACCCUUAUAAGAUGGAAAAUAUUCAGAGGGGUUUCACUCGGAAACUCUUCUCUCAAGUCGCAGCAGGUACUUCUUAUAAUAAAAAAUGUCAAGUGAAGAACAUUAAGCUUUUAUGGGUAAGAGCACACGAAGUUGCCCUUUGCUUCCUUUUUCCCAAUAAAUUUAGCCCUCAACUCUCACUUUGAGAGAUCGGUCGAAUGUUUGUACUUCCCAUUCUCGAGUAUUGUUACCCAUUCUUUGGUUUGAUGAAUGAGGCUAGUCGUUCAAAUGGAAAAUAUCCAAAGACGUUUUGCCAGAAUACUUUUAGGCAGGGAACAUCGAAAUAUCUCCUACUGAGAUAGAUACCAGCUAAUUAACCUUCUAUUUUUUGGGUUCGAAGACUAGAUUCAGGCUUCUGUCUCCUCUUUCGCAUUAGUAACACUUCAAAUCUUCCUCGGAUUUCUGCACUUACCCCUAGUGGUCGCCCAUACGAUCUUCUCAAUUCUUACUUGACUAUACCUCCUCCCGCUUCCUCCACCUCUAAGCGCUCUCCUUUUUCGCUUCCAGGAAUACUUUCCUCUGGAUUAACUUUCCAAUAAAUAUAAAAUCUUCAGGUAAUCUACGCACUUUUAGGAGAAGGCUACACCUUUAUCUGAAUACGGACUCGAUAAAACCUUUAUUUUUCUCAUCCUUCCCGGACAACUUUCUCUAUGACACUGAGAAAGGGCCACCGUGAAUUUAGGACGCCGCCAUUAAAUUACCGUCUUCCCUCACAUUUCCUUCCAUUGUGUGUAGUAUCGCUUCUGGCAUCCCUCAUCAGAAAUGUUAAUUUUUUCGGUUAUUCCGUUUAUACAUCGUGCACUCAGAGAAUGCGCUCUAUUGACGCUCUUGGUGGAACCUUCUGCAUUCGCCAUCUACUUAAAGUCUGGCCGCAUCUGCCUUGUCCCCUCCCAGGCUGUACUCGAAACUGACUGUGACCGAUAUCGUCUAGGUUCCUGUCGCCUCGAGACUAGUUUUCUAAUUGCCACUUUAACAUGAAUGGCCUCAUCCAGCAUAUGAAUUCUGCCUUGGUGGUGUCCGUUUCGAACAUUUUACACAAGACCACAUACAGUCCAAUCCUGCCUGACCCGCCUACUUACUUUUUAAUGAAAUCCGUUAUACAAUACCACAUACAGUCCGGCCCUGUCUGCUUUUUAUAUGUCAAGGAGCGAGAAUUUUUCUUCUCCUAUAAUGCUAAGCCAGUCAUGCUCAUUUUGUUUAUUUUAGGAGAAAAAACUCUCUCAUGAAAGGACAAAAGUGCGGGCAGGACGUACCUGCAUGUCGCAGUGCUUAAAGGAUUCUGCACGGAUAUCUUCGGGGCAGAAGUGUCAGCCUUGAGUGGUAAGCAUGCGUGUCAGACAGGCUUGCAUGCGGUAUUGUAUAAGGGAUUCAAAAUGGACAUCGUCAGGGCAGAAUUCGUACAUCGGAUGAGACUAUUCACGUUAAAGUGGCGAGACGAGAGGAACCCAGACGCGACCGGCCACAAUCCGCCUCGAGUCCAGCCGAGAAGGGCGCAAGGGAGAUGUGACGACACUACUAGUAGACGGGAAUACAUAGGGUUCCGCCGUGAGCGUCAACAGACCGCCUGAGGUCGAAAUGAGGAGAAGAUAUCGAAAACCGCGAAAAUCGUCGCUAUAGAGCGGAGAGAUAGCAUUAGAUUUCGUAAUUAAUUCAAAACAGGGGGCUGUAAAGGUUUUAAUUGAGGGCUUCCACUUGAUCUACCACUUAAUCUCAGGAGGACCCUUCUCGAAGUCAAGAAGGUGAGUGUUCGGAAAUGAGACGGUUAAAAGUGUCUUUAUGGUUUUCGGUGUAAUUUGGUUGCGUAAUUUCGAUUUCAAUGCCGAUAAUUUAGGCGAAAAUUUUAUUCUGAAUGAAGAUUAUUCAAAAAAGGCAUAUUUGGGAGCAAAAAUAGGGGGCGUUUAGAUGAGGUGCAAAGAGGCGGCGGAAUCGCCAUGGAGGAUUUGCGCGUGGCAUAAUAAUAAAAAUAAAGUUUGUUCAAGACCCAUGGGGUACGUUCACAAUAGGUAAGAAUAACUUUUUACAUGGAUUUUGGGAAAGGUAUACAGAAUCUAUACACUACUUAAUUCGUACCUAUUGAAUUAGUAGUCUGUUACGAAGAAGGUCGAGCGAGCAAUGAAAAGAACUUCUUACAAAUAAACAAAAUGGAUAUGACUGGAUUAACAUUACAUGAGAAGAAACUGUCGCUAAUGAAAUGAUAAGUAGUGGCAGGACCGGCCUCUAUGUGGCAUUGUAUAACGGAUUUCAUGAAAAUGUAAGUAGGCGGGUCAGGCAGGAUUGGACUGUAUGUGGUCUUGUGUAAAAUGUUCGAAACGGACACCACCAAGGCAGAAUUCAUAUGCUGGAUGAGGCCAUUCAUGUUAAAGUGGCAAUUAGAAAACUAGUCUCGAGGCGACAGGAACCUAGACGAUAUCGGUCACAGUCAGUUUCGAGUACAGCCUGGGAGGGGACAAGGCAGAUGCGGCCAGACUUUAAGUAGAUGGCGAAUGCAGAAGGUUCCACCAAGAGCGUCAAUAGAGCGCAUUCUCUGAGUGCACGAUGUAUAAACGGAAUAACCGAAAAAAUUAACAUUUCUGAUGAGGGAUGCCAGAAGCGAUACUACACACAAUGGAAGGAAAUGUGAGGGAAGACGGUAAUUUAAUGGCGGCGUCCUAAAUUCACGGUGGCCCUUUCUCAGUGUCAUAGAGAAAGUUGUCCGGGAAGGAUGAGAAAAAUAAAGGUUUUAUCGAGUCCGUAUUCAGAUAAAGGUGUAGCCUUCUCCUAAAAGUGCGUAGAUUACCUGAAGAUUUUAUAUUUAUUGGAAAGUUAAUCCAGAGGAAAGUAUUCCUGGAAGCGAAAAAGGAGAGCGCUUAGAGGUGGAGGAAGCGGGAGGAGGUAUAGUCAAGUAAGAAUUGAGAAGAUCGUAUGGGCGACCACUAGGGGUAAGUGCAGAAAUCCGAGGAAGAUUUGAAGUGUUACUAAUGCGAAAGAGGAGACAGAAGCCUGAAUCUAGUCUUCGAACCCAAAAAAUAGAAGGUUAAUUAGCUGGUAUCUAUCUCAGUAGGAGAUAUUUCGAUGUUCCCUGCCUAAAAGUAUUCUGGCAAAACGUCUUUGGAUAUUUUCCAUUUGAACGACUAGCCUCAUUCAUCAAACCAAAGAAUGGGUAACAAUACUCGAGAAUGGGAAGUACAAACAUACGAUUAAGUCUUAAUUUAAUUUCAGAAAUGUAGAAAUUGUAAGAAAUAAAGCCACAAAUUUGAGCGGCAUUGGCUGUAAUUCUGUCAGCCUGUGGCUAGAGAUCAAAAUUUUUGGUGUAGCUUAAACCUCAAUCUUUGAUGUUAGUACAUUUAAUCAUAUGUGUGCCUUGAAAGUCUAAUGUUUGGGGUAAAAUAUCAAGUCCAAAACACAUACAACGACAUUUAGACGGAGAAAAUUCCAUUAGCCAUUUUGAGCUCCAGGCCGAGAGUGCAAACAAGUCAGUAUGGAUUUGCUCCAGGCAUUGAAGGCUCGUAGAUUUACUGAAAGAAUAUACACAUUGGAGAUCAUCGGCGUAAAUAAGGGAUUGAAAAUGGUUAACUGCUUCCGAGAUAUCAUUUAUGUAAAGCAGGAACAAAAGAGGACCUAAGACGGUGCCUUGAAGGACAUCGCUUAUAAUAGGGCCUUCACUGGAAAGUGAAGAUCGUACUAAAACCUUUUGUUUACAAUUGGACAGGUAUGACCUGAUGAAGUCUAUUAGUGGACUUCGAAUUCCCUUAUCUUCCAAUUUAACCAAGAAUUUUUUAUGUGGUACUUUAUCAAAGGCUUUAAUAAGAUCAAAAUAAAUAAUGACAACCGAUAGAUGGUCAUUACGAAGAGAGGUAAGUAGAUUGAGAAACGACAAAUGACAUGUUUCACAAGAGCGAUCUGGCAAAAAACCAUGCUGGGAAGGGCUAAUAACUUGAUUGGCUAUGCAGAAGUCAGUAAUUUUUUAGGCAAAAAUUUUUUCAAAGGUUUUUACGAGAGAAGGUGUUUUAUGGACACCUCGACAGUUCCGAACGUCAGAACGACAGCCAGACUUAAAUACUGGAAUAAUAAUAGAAGUUUUCCAAUAGUCAGGAAAAAAGCCAUUUACGAUGAAUACUGAAAAGAGUUUGCUAUGGAGAGAAGGAAAAUCUCAGCUGUUUUUUAAGAAAGUUUGGGAUAUUGUCCGUACCUACUGAGUGAGAGUUUGGAAGAUGGCUUAUCAGUUCUUGAAUAAUUUCAGGCGAAAAAUUAAUGAUACUGAGAGAGGCAUCAGACAACGGAGGAAUUAAAGGGAUUGGCUCAGUUUCAAUAUUGAAAUGAAUGUAAAGUUUAUGCUUUGCCAGACUCCUUUGUAAUGAAGGUAUCGUUGGUACUUAGCAAAGGUGGGAUGACUUGGUGGGAUUUAGCAGAUGAUCUCUGGCAGGAGAACUGCGCAAUGGACUUAGAAACAUUCACGCCAUUAGUAGCUAAAGUCUCUCUACGCGUAUCUCGCGCGAGCCUCCUCUUCAAAGAUAAUUCAAAUAUUUCAACGAUUCUAAGAUGAACUGAUAAUGAGCUCACAGAACGAUCUUUAAGCUGCUUCCGUAGCUUUUUAAGUCUGUUUUUAAGAAUGUGUGAGACAGAGGUGGACGUGGCACUCGAUUUAAACGUCUUCCGUGGAAUUAGGUCGAGAAGACCUUCUGUUACGCAUUGUAAUAAAUUGAUGAAAAACUUAGAUCAUUAUUUGGAAGAAUACUGUGCUUAUCAAGAGUAGUUGAAAAGUUAUUUAAUACUCCCUUUUUAAAACUACUAAAGUCAAAAUACUACGUUGUACUGUUGGCUUUGCGGAAAUGGCAACUGGAAGGCGGCAAUGAAUUAAUGCAUGAUCACUUGCAAAAAAGUUCAUGAUAGAAAUCUAUAGAUAGAGGGAAGGUGCGAUUAUUAAAAAUUAAAUCUAAUACAUUAUCGUUUCUGGUCGAAGAUUGGACUAAUUGAGACAAGUUUGAAAAGUGAAUGGUGUCAAAAAGCUUCUGGAAUCUAGGAGAGAAAGUAUGUGUGUUUUUGUCAAUUUCUGGCAAAUUAAAAUCGCCUACGAUUAUCUUGACAUCGAAAGAAGUUUCUGCAAUCUUUCUCUAAGAGUUCACAAAGUUGGCUUUCAUUUCCGGAGGAACAAGGAGGAUUAUAUACACAUCCGACUAAGGCUUUCCUAUUUUGCGGAAGGAUUACCGAAGCAAAACAUAAAUUUCCAGAGAAGGAGGAAAUGUUCAAGUUAUAAGGCGAUUGUGCAAGUGAUGCUCUUAUGUAAAGAAGGCAUCCACCGCCGCGUCUGUCGGCACGGUCCUGGCGGUAUAAACUGAGGCUAUCUAUGUUAAGUGCCGAGUCUGAAAUUAGAGAAUGGGCCCAAGAUUCUGUAAUGCACAAUACGUCUGUGUCAAACUCAACAGCUACACUUCUUAGGUGUGCCAUCUUUUGCACGACAGAUCUUGCGUUGAGAGAGACAAUACUGAGCGUAUUCCUAAUAUGUAGGUUCCGCUCAUUGCUACUUAUAAAAAAGGGAGAGCUGGUGGUGGAAAAUUAAGCUGUUGGGAUGAAGCAAUUGGUGGAGGACAAAGUUGCUGGUGUCUAAAAUUUGUGGAGUAAUUACAACUAACUAGGUAUGCAGCACUGUCUGGAAAAACAUUUGAGCAGGACCCAGGAAGAGGAUAGCUAUUUUGUUGAUUUCGAAAAAUAGGAGGCAUGAAAAUAUGAUUUUGUGAAUUUUAUGCAUAAUAUGAGGCGUAGUUUAUGUUAGAUAGCGGACCUGAUGGUUUCGAGAAACAGAUUACAUCAGAAAAUGGCUUUAUUAUUUGGGGUGUCCGGCUAUCAAUGAGAUUGGAAAAAUUAUCGGCAACGCUAUACACUUGCAUUUUGCAGGCUGGUGUGUAAGUGGGCAUCACAACUGAGGUGUUUACGUUAAGUUGAGAAUUCGGGCUAGGAACAUGUAAAGAUCUCCCUGAAAUAUCAUCUGGCUUAUUUGAUUUAACCGCCAGGUCAGACCUGAGUGGCCAGGCGCGGGAACGGGACUGAUUCGACCCAGGUUUAUUAUUCAGGAACAGAAAAAUCUCGGCGUCCUGAUGACCCUCACGCUGAAACUACCAUGACGAUGCCCAAAGGCAGUCAAACGGGUUUUAUUUCAGCUGAGGCGAAGAUUUGUGCAGAUCGAUAAGUGGCUGUUCUGGAAAAUCUAAGGGGCAGUCGUUUUGCCUCGCUGAGAGUAUGCCACCCUAGCCUGACGACCAUGAUUCUAAAAGGGUUAUCAGGCGAGGGUCAAUAAUUUUGGUCAUCUGCCACGCGAAACCAGACUGGCUAAACUAAAUCUGCUUCCUCUCAGUAAAAGGCAAAUGCGCGACAACCUCACUCAAGUCUGCCGCACUGGCCGUGGCCGUGACUGCGCCCCAUACCUCGGCGACUUUUUCGAAUUGGCUGGGACAGAGUGUUUGUAUGGUCAUCCCCUAAACUGCAGAGGAAGUUGGUCCAUACAGACGUCCGACGGGGCGUCCUCUCACUGAGAAUAGUAGGAGCGUAAAACGGACUCCCUGAGGCGAUGGUUCUUUCCGAAACUGUCUAAUCAGUUAACUGCAAGCCAGGCACUACUUUGGUGAGAAAUUACUGCGCAGAUCACCACGAUUGUGCCAGCGGCGGCAGUUUGCGUUUGGCUUUUUUAACUUUUAAAUUUACGUAAGUACUGAUGUAACGAAUAGAUCCAUUGCUAUUUUCGGAUCUGAACGACAAGCUCAAGGGCGAGAGCAUCAUUCCAUUAGUAAGCUGACUUGAAAUGACUGAGAUCUAUCGAUGUAUUCGGCGGCAACCAGUAAUAUACUGCUUGUUGGCACAUGCUGCUAACCUGGGCGUGCUAAAAAAAAUCCAGUUGAUUUCGCCUUCACAGUAUCUUCAUGUGUUGCAAAUUUCAACAGUGUAUAUGCAGCGUAGUAUGCCUGAAAGUAUAACGUCAUGUAAUGUUCUCCUGAAUGUGCCAAUGGACCUGGAGCAACCGUGAAUCUACAAAAUACAUUCCAACCCACGGUAAUUCGCACACCAAUUCAGUCCAAACAUAUUUUGCAUGCCACCUACGUUUUCUUGUUACUGACUUCGUUAGAGUCCCGUUAGCAGCAAUAAUCUGCAAUCUCCCACACCGAUGCAGAAACCACACUUCAUUUAUUCCGCAAAUGGAACAUAUUGCUGUAUUCGCUAACCCCUCCGAAUCUCUUGGUUAAAACUUAAGCGAAAAACUUUCGCCUUCGGUAACAGACGUGACGUGUUAUUAAAUCACGCCUAAUAAAUUUGCACACUUGCUUUUUAAAUGUGUCUGUGCAAAAGUUGACUUUCCCCAACAUGACGAUUCUUUAAUUCAACAACUUCGACCUUGACAAGCCAACCUUUUAUUCACUCGUUGUAUAAAUUCGAGGCUGCUCACCCACUUAGUCCGACAUCGUCAAUUCAACAGGCAUGAGGGAGAUAGUUCAUAUACAGGCUGGUCAAUGUGGAAACCAGAUUGGCUCAAAAGUAACAUAAUUCGAUAACUUGCAUUUUUUAGUUUUGGGAAGUCAUUUCAGACGAACACGGUAUUGACCCCACUGGGUCCUAUGUCGGUGAUUCUAAUCUACAACUGGAGCGCAUCAAUGUUUACUACAAUGAAGCGACAGGCGGUCGAUAUGUUCCUAGGGCAGUCCUCCUAGACUUGGAACCGGGAACAAUGGAUAGCGUUAGAGCUGGACCUUUCGGUCAAUUAUUCAGGCCAGAUAAUUUUGUAUUCGGUCAAAGUGGCGCAGGAAAUAAUUGGGCAAAAGGUCACUACACCGAAGGUGCCGAAUUAAUCGAUUCGGUGCUGGACGUAGUUCGCAAAGAAUCAGAAGCUUGUGACUGUCUUCAAGGUUUCCAAUUGACUCACUCCCUUGGUGGUGGUACUGGUUCAGGAAUGGGCACGCUCUUGAUUUCGAAAAUCCGAGAGGAAUAUCCGGACCGAAUCAUGAGCACAUUCUCUGUCGUUCCAUCUCCGAAGGUGGGUAUGGAGUUCGUCGAGUAAAUUUUGAAUCCAUAUUUUAGGUUUCAGAUACCGUUGUUGAACCCUAUAAUGCUACACUAUCAGUCCAUCAGCUUGUUGAAAAUACAGACGAAACUUAUUGCAUUGACAACGAGGCUCUCUAUGACAUUUGCUUCAGAACACUCAAGCUCACGUCGCCCACAUAUGGCGACCUCAACCAUCUCGUCAGUGCGACAAUGUCUGGCGUCACCACUUGCCUUCGUUUUCCAGGCCAGCUAAACGCAGACCUCCGUAAACUGGCGGUUAAUAUGGUGCCAUUUCCACGCCUCCAUUUCUUCAUGCCCGGAUUUGCCCCACUUACAAGUCGCGGCAGCCAACAGUAUUGUUCUUUGACGGUUCCCGAGUUAACCCUACAAAUGUUUGACGCAAAGAACAUGAUGGCAGCCUGUGACCCACGCCACGGUCGGUAUCUGACUGUCGCUGCUAUUUUCCGCGGUCGCAUGUCAAUGAGGGAGGUUGAUGAACAGAUGAUGAACGUCCAAAACAAAAAUUCCAGCUACUUUGUGGAGUGGAUCCCGAAUAAUGUGAAGACUGCUGUUUGUGACAUCCCACCCCGCGGUCUUAAGAUGUCGUCCACCUUUAUUGGCAACAGCACGGCCAUCCAAGAGCUCUUCAAGCGCAUUGGGGAGCAAUUUACGGCUAUGUUCCGCAGGAAGGCAUUUUUGCACUGGUACACUGGUGAGGGUAUGGAUGAGAUGGAGUUCACGGAGGCCGAGUCAAAUAUGAACGAUCUCAUCAGCGAAUAUCAACAAUAUCAGGAAGCGAGUGUCGAUGAGGAGGAUGUUGAAGAAUAUGAUGUGGCGGAACAGUAA